CUCUGUCCUUUAAGCCGCACGCAGGCACUGACGCCAUUUCCCAGCAGGACCUGCGUUUCCUGCUUCGGCCAUGCUUGUCCCUUUUCUUUUUCCCGGCGUUUCCCAUCGGCCCUUGUGAGGCGGGCAGCCAAAGAGGCUCUUUCCUGCCUGACAACGGAGGAGCGGUUGCAGGCGGCGACGGAAAGGAGUCAGACAGGAAUGAAUGGUGUUUGGCUGGUGGCUGCGAGUUCAUGUGGCGCCUGCUGUGGGGCACGCUGAGAGCCCUUCCCGGCCCGAGAAGGAGGCAGCGGCGAUUGAGUAUUCGGGGUCCCGCUAGCGGCGCGCUUCCCGCCAUGGAGCGGGCCGUGGUGCGCUGCGUCCCAACCGAGCCUAAACUCAGCGUCUCGUUCGUGCUGGGAGACGGUAGCGCCCGGCACAUGCAGCGGGACCAGGCGGAGCCUCUGGGUCGGGCACUCGUUCGCAUUGCCAACAACGCUGGCAAAGGCCACGCCAAGGCGGCCAAGAAAAGCAAGAAGGCGCGGGCCGAGGCUGAAGCCGGCGCUUCUCUGCCGCCCCCGCUGCCUCCCACGGUGUGCCUCUUCUCUCAGGACGGCGAGGCCGUGGCCGAGGACGUGCCCAACGCAGAGGCCUGGCAGGAUGGGGCCGUGUUGCAAAUAGGCGAGGCCCGCUACCGCGUGGAGCGCAACCCGCCGGCCCUGACGGAGCUCCAGCUCCCGCGAUCGCUCCUGGCCGGCUUCCCCGUGUGCCCCAAGGUCCGCACGGAGUUCGGCUCUCCCCACGACUGCCUCUUCCGCUGGUACCAGGAGCAGAAAGCCGAGCCGGCCGUGGGGUCGGCGGCGUUGGGAGACGAAGGGGGCGGUUGGGUGGAAGCUUCGGGCGGCGCCGAGCGCGUCUUCACGCCGAGCAACGCGCACAUCGGGCGGCGCCUCAAGCUCGUCUGCACCCCGGGCAACAGCCAACGGCGUUACGGACUGGCCCGAGAGAUGGAGAGCAGCGGCCCGGUGGAGGCCGGGCCGGGCGCCUGCACUUUCGACGCCCGGCACCUCUACACCAAGAAAGUGACCGGGCCGGGCCUCAUCCGCACCGUCACCUACAAUAUCCUGGCUGACAUUUACGCCCAGACCGAGCUGUCCCGAACCGUACUCUAUCCGUACUGCGCUCCUUACUCUCUGGAGCUCGACUACCGGCAAAACCUGCUGAAGAAGGAGUUGGUCGGCUACAGCGCCGACAUCAUCUGCCUGCAAGAGGUGGACAAGUCGGUCUUCACCGACAGUCUGGGCCCUGCGCUUGAUGCCUUCGGCCUAGAGGGUCUCUUCAAGCUCAAAGAGAAGCAGCAUGAGGGUCUGGCCAUUUUUUACCGAAGAGACAAGUUCAGUCUUCUCAGUCAGCAUGACAUUGCCUUAAACCAGGCACUGCUUGAAGAUCCCCUGCACAGAGAACUGCGAGACAAGCUGGCCCCUUAUCCUGAGGUGCAGGACAAAGUGCAGCAGAGGUCAUCUGUGCUGCAGGUUUCUGUUCUUCAGUCUACAAGUGAUUCUUCAAGAAAGAUUUGUGUUGCCAACACUCACCUGUACUGGCACCCAAAAGGUGGAAACAUCCGUCUAAUCCAAGCUGCAGUAGCAUUGUCUCAUAUUAGGCAUGUAACGCAUGACAUAUAUCCUACUACUCCUGUCAUAUUCUGUGGAGAUUUUAAUAGCACACCAUCAAGUGGAACAUACAGUUUCAUCAGUUGUGGCAGUAUUGCUGAAGAUCAUGAGGAUUGGGGCUCAAAUGGAGAAGAGCAACGGUGCACUGUGUCUUUAGCUCAUCCGUUCAGACUGAAAAGUGGUUGUGGAGAACCAGCCUACACUAAUUAUGUUGGAGGCUUUCAUGGAUGUUUGGACUACAUUUUCAUUGAUGCAGAUGCUUUGGAGGUUGAACAAGUAAUUCCAUUGCCAAGUCAUGAAGAAGUAACCACUCAUCAGGCCUUACCAAGUGUUUCACAUCCUUCAGAUCAUAUAGCACUAAUAUGUGAUUUAAAGUGGAAGUAGACUAAAAACAAUCUUGGUAUCUGUUCCUUUCUCUUAAACAAGAAAUGUGAGCUACUUUAGGAGAAUUCAACUUGAAUUUGACCACCAGCUUUUACAAAAGAUAAUUGGAUAAAAAGUGUUUGUAUGUCUAACAGUAAUGUUAAACCAGAUUUUCAUUUCUCUAUAACUGGUCAUAACCAGAAAGUUCCUAUGGCAAAUGCUCCUUUUUUACUCUAAUAAGCAAAGCCGUCAAUGUUUAAUUCUCUUUUAAAAUUGAAUUAUACUAUUCCCUUUUCAGGUGGUUUUUAAAUGGUGAUUAAGAGUAUUUUGUUUAAACUGAGUUUAUAUAAAAAAAUGGAACAACUGGAAGGGUUUUUGUAUUCUCAGCAGUAUCAUACCCCAUCAAUCUGUUGCUGUUGUCUUUUGAGAAGAUAUUCCUUAACAAGCUGCCCAAAUUGUGUAAAUGUAUGCUGCCCCUUCACAACCAUCCAUGUUAAAUUUAGUAUUCCAAAAAUGAUUUGGCACAGCUACCUGCUUUCAGGUAUUUAUGAAGAGAAAGAAGCUAUGUCCAGGUAAACCAAAAUCAUUGUUUAAAUAAAAAAUCAUGACUGUG